AUGGCCUCCUGGUCCCACUUUAUGAUGAUGCGAGGCGAGAAUAAUCGGUUCGCCAAGCUCCCACAUAUCAACUUCCAUGCCUUCUCAGACCUGAACAGCCCCAUAAUGAUGAAGAACUCUGACCAACCCCGUACCUUUGCGACUGUCCUUGUUAUGACACAAGGAAAGACCCUGCGCUCAGGGGGCGUUACAUAUGGCGUUUCAAUCAGGAAUGUCGAUGUGACGAACUGCUUUGCAGGUGCCAGGUCGGACAUGAGAGCGUUUAUUCAGGAGAUCAAGUCGACAAUGGACAGCAAUUUCCAACUUCUCGAGAAAACCAUAUCGGCCAAGAUUGGGAACGCAAUGGAACAGCAAUCAAACUCGCUUAAAGACUCUCUUUCGAUUACUCUGAACCAGCACAACCUUGCCUUCAGUCGCACGACCCAACGAGUAUAUCAGGAGAAAUAA